AUGUGUGUGUGUGUGCUGGACACUAAUAUUAUCUAUCUAUCUAUCUAUCUAUCUAUCUAUCUAUCUAUCUAUCUAUCUAUCUAUCUAUCUUUUCUUUACCUCGUUCAUAUUCUGAUGCUCAUGAAGCAGCUGAAGUUUCUCUGUCAUCAGCUCUUCUUUGUGCUCAUCGACGAGCUCAUCAACGUAGCUCGCGGUCCUCCUCGUCACAUCCUGCCAGGUCACAUCGAUGAUACUGAGGCAAUUCACAAUGUUGAAGUGGUCUUUCCAGAAAUCACGCAGGGCCAGCACCUUGUCGUUAAUCGAAAGGAGAAGCAGCUUUUCCAUUUUCCAUCGUUGACGUCGUUCGGUCGUAUUGCCCUACCAAUCACUAUACGGACUCCUCUCUCGUAUUUUUUCGAUUAUCUCUUUCUUCUUUCUAAUCUAAUUGGCCUUUUCUUCUUAUUACCCCUAUCUUUAACACUUCAUUUUUUUUUAUUAUUAUUAUUCUCGUCUGCAUUUUUGAAUUUAGUUUUCUCUACCUUUUUUCAUACAAUUUACUUAUUUGAUUUUUUUUUUCACUUUUUUCAUGCAUUUAAUUUUAAUCAUUUUACUUCUUUUUUUUUCUUCUGUUUUCUCACUUUUUUCCCGUCAUUCGCCCUUUUCAUUUCUCCUUUUUCUUUCUCUUUAAUAAAACUUUUCCAUAUCUCUCCCUUUCUCUCUCUCUCUCUCUCUCUCUCUCUCUCUCUAUGGGGUGAGCAAAUAGAGACGAAGAAAGUUUCCCCCUUUCUCCAAUGCAUUCCUUCUUCAUUCUCCCUUUCUAAAUUUCCUUUCUCAAAAUUAUAUUAUCUCUCCACUCAUUUUCUCUUCCUAUUCAUGGACGAACCCUUAUCCCUGCUUCUCUCUGUCCACAUAUACCUUCCCUUUCAUUUUGUUUCUCUUUCCCACUCUUUCGCUCUCUCUCUCUCUCUCUUUCUCUCUCUCUCUCUCUCUUUCUUUCUGCACUCCCUUCAUUAUCAAAAUUUUCCCCUGCUCCCUUUUUUGUCAUCACCCUGUUUCCCUUUUCUUCUUUUUCACUGUCUUUCUCUUUAUCUCCACUCCGGCCUCAAUUGGUUUCCUCAUUGCUCUCAUCCUCUCGCCCGUCUGCACAUUUACAAUUCAUUUAUUGCUUAA